AUGGCCAGGGUUUCUAAAGGAGUGAGAGAACUUCCUGGAAACUUCCAAUCUGCCACUAGCAAUGUUCCCUCAGGAAAAGCCCUUAUGUAUUUUAGUUUGUUUCUAGCAACUGGGGUUUUCUUUAUUUUCAUUGCGUUUACAAUGUUCCUUCCUGUCAUGGUUCUGAUGCCUCAAAAGUUUGCCAUCUGCUUUACGCUUGGAUGUUGCUUCAUCAUUGGAUCCUUUUUUGCUCUCAAGGGUCCGAAGAAUCAGCUUGCACAUAUGUUCUCAAAAGAGGUAUGCUUGAUAUUUCUUUCAUUGUCAUCUGGUUCUGAUGUUCGUCUUAAGAUGCAAGCAUUGCAAAAUAUGUAUGAUUACCUUCUUGACGCGGAAGGUCAAAUGGGAACAGAUGAAGCUGGUGAUGGAGCUGGCCCUGACACUGUGGAGAGUGGCCAAAGUGUACCUGUUGCUGCUGGUGCCGGAGAUACCAACAUUUGUGGUGGUAUUGUUCAGUUGUAUUGGGAAAGGAUUCUGGGACGAAGCUUAGAUUUAAAUGGCCAAGUUCGUCAAAUUGCCCUCAAGGCCAUAGUAAGCUUGUGGGUUGGUGCUGUGAUUAGUAGCUGGUGCAAUUUCAUAACUGUCUUGUAUGUUGAUCAUUUUCUACUAGAGGAGGAUGAUAAGUUUCUAGAUAAGGUUUGAGCUACAGUUCAGGAAGAGGAAUGUCAAGCCCUUGCUGCAUUUGGUGCCUGUUUCCAAUAUUAAUAAUUGUUUGAAGAAGCAUUUUCGAGACCUUUAAAAUGUCGUGAUCUUUGAAUUUAUAUAAUUCUGUUUGGUUGAAGUUAAUUUUACAAGCGUGUUUUCAUUGUUGGUGGAAUCAGACUUGAAUAAUAUGGGAUUUAUGUGCUUUAAGAUAUGAAUGGGAUUUAUUGUUGCUUUAAGAUAUGAAUGGGAUUUAUGUGCAAGUGCUAAUAGCAUUUUCAUUGUUGGUGGAA